AUGCCGUAUGGCACUGUUCAGUAUGCCAUAUUGCACUGUUCAGUAUGUCAUAUUGCACUGUUCAACGUGAGUGAGGGAGGUCGUGAGGACGAGGACAGUGAGGGUGUGGGCGAGGCGCCGCCCGGUUGCCACCCUGCCACCGACCCGCCGCCCCCGCCGCCCUUCAGUCCGCCGCCCCCGCGCCCGCAGGCCAUGGAGGGCCGCCCCGCAGCCACCACCAAGCUGGGCCGCAUGUCCCCCUCGGUGUACGUGGGCGGCGGCACGCUGGGGCGCGUCAGUCCCGGCCACGACCUGGGCUACCAUACCCUCGUCACCAGACAGACGCCCACGCCCACCCGGGAGCGUUCCACGCCCACCAGGGACCGCACCACGCCCACCAGAGACCGCACCACGCCCACCAGAGACCGCACCACGCCUUCACCUUGGUCAGACGUGCGAGCCUCUCCUUUCCCUGCCCUCGACUUGUCAGCGCUAUCGUCGUGUCCGCGGUCCUCUCCAAGACCGCAGCUUCCGCAGGUGCCGCCGCAGCAGCAACAAACGACGCCGCAGCCGCAGCAACAACUGGAGAGCACCGACCAGCUGUUGGCCACGUACAAAGGCAAACGGGUGGCGCGGUCGUCACCUUUCGAUAAGUUAAGCGACGAACUCGUGGUUCGAAUCCUGUCGUUCCUCCCUACGAACGCUGUGUGCCAGUGUGCGAGAGUGUGUCGGCGGUGGUAUGUGUUGGCGUGGGACCCGCGCCUCUGGUCCACCAUCACCCUGGCCAGCGAGGCCAUCCACGCAGACAGGGCCAUCAAACAGAUCACCAGACUGCUGGCCAGAGACUCCGGCGGCUGUGUCCACGUCGAGAAGGUGAUUCUCAAUAGCUGCUCACGACUGUCUGACCGAGGCUUGUCGCUGAUUGGCCGGCGGUGUCCUGAGCUGCGUCAUCUAGAAAUAAAAGGCUGUAUCAAUGUUACCAACAUUGGCAUCUUCGAACUGGUCACUCAAUGUGUCAACCUCGAACACCUUGACGUCACAGGUUGUCAUCAGAUUACAUGUAUACACCUGACACAGCAGGGGACAGUGGAGCCAGAGCCAAUGCACUCCCGCCAGCUUUACCUCCAAUACCUCGACAUGACGGACUGUUACGCCCUUGAGGACCAGGGUCUCAAGGUUAUCGUGAAGAAUUGUCCGCAGCUCCUACACCUCUACCUCAGGAGAUGUAUUAAUAUAACAGACACAGGAGUUAAGCACAUGGCUAGCUAUUGCCUCAUGCUGCGUGAGGUGAGCGUGUCAGAUUGUGUCCAAAUCACCGAUUUUGGCAUGUAUGAGCUAGCCAAGUUAGGGCCCAACCUCCGCUACCUAAGUGUGGCCAAGUGUGACCAAAUUAGUGAUGCUGGCAUCAAGCAGAUUGCUCGCCACUGCUACAAGCUCCGCUACCUGAAUGUCCGUGGGUGUGAGGCAGUUAGUGAUGAUUCCAUGGAAAUGGUGGCGAGAUCAUGCCCGAGAUUACGUGCCCUUGACAUUGGCAAGUGUGAUGUUACUGACAAUGGCAUGAAACUCAUUUCAGAGCAUUGUCCAAAUUUGAAGAAGUUGUCAGUGAAAUCGUGUGACAUGAUUACAGACCGUGGUGUCCAGUAUAUUGCGUAUUACUGCCGUGGCCUCCAGCAGCUCAAUAUUCAGGACUGCCAAGUGACCAUUGAGGGCUACAGGACAGUUAAGAAAUACUGCCGUCGUUGUAUCAUAGAGCACACUAACCCGGGUUUCUUUUAGUGAAACUGGACUGUGCCUGUGCCUCGCCUAGUGUCGUGCCAGUGACUUUAGAAAAAAAAAUCAUACCAGUGCCAAAUAAUGUGAGCCCCGUAACUUUGGUGCCACCAAGGACAAGACCCAGCUUCUGUUAUAGAUGACCGAGUGUUAAUGGUUGUGCAGCCCUGGGCAAGACAUGUGCCUACUCACCUGUGCCAAGUUUGCAGUGCCAAAAUGGUGAGCUGAUUCCCAUGUGCAGUAUGCAUCAAAUAACUCACUCCUCCCUGUACCAAAGUAAUGCUACCGUCGCCCUGUGUACAGUGCCAGAUGUUGCUUUGUAGCAUGCACAGUUGUAGUGCAUCUGCACUGUGAGAGUGUGUGUGUGUGUGUGCAACUGUGUAUACCUUUGUUAUACACGUUUUUACCAUAUGCACUUUCUGAAUGAUCAUAUUGCUGUGUGGACCUUUGUCAUGUACAUCUUCAUAAAUUCCAUCUUGUAGUAUUCAUUAUCAUAAAAUAUCAUUGUUAUACACUUCAUAACAGACCAUUGAUGUAUACUCUUCAUAAGAACCAUUAAUAUACACUUUUCAUAAAGGCCCAUUGAUACAGUAUACACAUUUCAUAAAAAUCACUUAUUUCAUAAGAAUCGUCAGUGUAUACUUUUUGUUAAGAACAAUUGAUGUACAGUAUACUGUUCAUAAAGAACCAUUGAUGAAUUCUCUUCAUAAAAAAAUAAUAAUGUACAAUGUACACAGUGGAAAUGUUCGCACUGUGCACCUCUGUACUGCACAUUCUCACCCUGUGUACCUUCAUAACAUCAACUUUUCUAUCUGUAGUGCCAGUUGUUUGUAAAAAAAAAUAUAAAAAAAUUCCUCCUCGUAUGUCUAGAAUUAGCAAACUUGGUCACUACUGCCUACACUAAACAUUAUGUAUCAAAAAAUGUAAAAGUAAUAUUUAUUUAGCAUUGAUAAUUACAAUACUGUAUUCCAAACUAGGCCUUGGGCCAAACCCCCCACCAUCAAAUUAUUCAGUCAUUCAAUCAAGUAAUAGUUUGGAAUAAUUUGGCAGUAAAUUUCUUUUUAAAGUACAGUAUACUAAUGAUUUUUCUUUUUAAAUUUUGCUUUGUAAAAUUUGUAAUGUAUUUUACACCUGCUGCCUGUGCUAUUUUGUACCUGUAAAUUAUAGAGGGGAACACUGCAAGUUUGUUUCCUGAAUAUUACGACGACAUCUUUGGUGAUAGAUUCCAGCAUGGAAGUCCUAUCUUGUGUAUCUAAAUGCAAUGCAUAUCAAGUACUGUGUGCAGUGUAAUAGUGUAUGCAGGCUAAUGCCCUUAUUCUAGCCCAGUGUAUAUUGUUCCUCCGUACAUUUAACUCUGUAUUUUGUAGUUAGAUACUAUAUUAACUAUUUUUUUGUAGCCUGGGAUACAGUUCAUGUUGCAGAAACUAUGUCUGGGGUGCUUUGUGUCCAUGAAUGUUAGGAUGCAUUCCAUAGGGACCAGUGAACCUGUUUGUGUUCCCAGUGCUAGUCAAUGAAAUAAUUAUCUUAAUUUAAUGUGGAGAAGAAUGAUAAGUAUACCCAUACCCACUAUUCAAAAUUUUGCCAACUAGAAUUCGCACAUGAUUGGCCAAGCUAGGUUGUAGUUUUAUACAAACAAGUUAGAAAAUAUGAUGUAAACAAACAAAAAUGUGUGCAAUAAAUACUAUAUACUUCAUCAAAAUUUAAAUAACUGUUUACAUUUCAAUUACAAAUGUAUUUAGACAUGUACUUUUUAUAGUAGAAGAAGGUGUGAAUGCCUCACAAAGCAUUACAAAAUAUUUGUGGUUUGAUAUAUAGUACAGGACUGGAGGUUUAUUAGUUCUCAAACCCAAAAAAUUGUCUUCUGAUUCAUCACCUUUGGCAUCAACAGCAAUUUUCAUUCAUUCUCCUACCAACAUCAACACGCCCUUACUUUUACCAACAUCAACACCCUCACUUUUACCAACAUCAACACACCCUCACUUUUACCAACAUCAACACACCCUCACUUUUACCAACAUCAACACACCCUCACUUUUACCAACAUCAACACACCCUCACUUUUACCAACAUCAACACACACUCACUUUUACCAACAUCAACACACACUCACUUUUACCAACAUCAACACACCCUCACUUUUACCAACAUCAACACACUCACUUUAAUAACAUCUCACUUUUCAUGAAUCGUAUACUCUAACUGGCCUUCAUUAUGUAAUCUUAUUCCUAAAUGGACCUGCUAGUGCAAUGCUUCAGAUAACCACCUAUCAAACGGUCAUGCUCUCAGUAACUACAAACCACUAUAUUUGACUCCCCCAUGCUUUCACUAUCAAUAAAGCACCAUGUUUAGACUUGUGUGUUCCUAGCUGCCAUUACAAUCUUACCAUAUUCUUGAUAGUUAAUGCAGUGAUAAAUAUCUUAAAAAUUACCACUAUGGGUGUUCAUUCACUCGCCUUGCCAAGCUACCAUGGUGGCAGACUAUCACCAACCAGGCCAUUAUUCUACUUCUUUGUUCCUGAAGAUCCGUCCCUGCUGAGUGCAACUUCCUCUGUAUUCUCAAAAUAAUGAACAUGUAGGCCCUGCCCAAUGAUACAGCAGUGCCAUCAGUUCACUAUCAGACGUCCAACAGAUGCACAGCUCCUCAGAAAAACAUAGGCCCUCCAUUUGUGUUUUGCAAUAAGUAGUUCACAUGUCCCAUAGAAUUAUUUUAUAUUCAUGCUAUAUAGUUCCAAUGUCAUGGUAACACUUUUAUAAUCACUCUUAAGAAACUAAGUAGACAUUUUCAUUGAACUUUAUACUUUAUACGUAAACAUGCUUAUGCACAUAUGCAUGGUGAGAUUAUAAAGUUUUAUGACUAAAUAGAGCAUACUCAAAUUAUAUGAAAACACUUGGAGUUGCAGAAGUGGCAGAUGCUGUCUGCAUGCUGGUACAUGGGUCUCAGCGCCUCGAUGGAUAUCACAUUCUAUUUUUCCAGUGAUGCAUAGUAGGCAAAGAGAGUUGCAGCCAUUCCUGUUGUAUUUGAAUGGUGGUGCAGGAAUUUGCUUCAUACGACCAGACAAUGAGGGCUACUUUCACAAUACAGUACUUUACUAAGGCAUUGCAAAACAGUAGUGUACAAAAAUCUUGAUACUGUUUGAGCAAAUUAAAAAUUUCUAGUACACUAGACUUAUAUCACAUUUUUUUCUUUUUAAGUUUAUUUUCUAACCAAUAGUACUGUAUAAAAAUUUUCUUCUGAUCUCCAUGGACAAGAUUUGAAAUCUGUUAAGACUUCAUAUAGAGCAGUGCAUUAUCAAGCACUCGACCACAAGAGGUGAUUGAAGUGCUUUUACAGUGCCAAAUUACAAUGUUACCCCCAGCAUAUAUUCUCAAAGUGAUCUAUUUGGCACAGGAAUGGGUGCACCUUCCCUUCAGUACACAGCACUGGAAAGAAAUUAUGUUACAUCUGUUAUGUGACUCAGCUGAGACUUGCAGUAUGCAUUUAGAUAAUCUGUCACAAUUUUGCACCUAUUAUUGUUAGUACAAUCAAAACAGUCUUGGAACAUUUAUUACACUUGAUUAAGGGUUGAGAUAUGUUGUCGCAUGUACAAACAACAUCCUUCUUGUGAUCCAGAAUUUAAAAAUUUAUAUUUACAUAUAUAUAUAUACAGUAUAUAUAUAAUAUAAGGUUACCUGGCCAAUCUCGACAAUGUAUUAGGUUGAACAGAGCACAAAGUACUGAUAGCAAUGUAAAGAAACACCAAUUUGAGAAGAGAAUUUAUUGAAGAUGACAUUUUGCCUAUAAGGGAUUUUGUAAGUGACACAGACAAGACAUUUUCUUUGAUAACGUCUACUUUCAACUUUGUGUUUCUCUACAAUAACUAUUUAUUAGAAUGCUCUGCAGGGUAAAUUAAAAAGAAUGUUGACGUUCAAGUUAUUUGCUUAAUAUUUUACAUAUACUGUAUAGUACUGUGAAACAGCUGGUUGUGAUUAAAAAUUAGAUUUUUUCUUAUUGAUAUAUUUAAUGUUUUUAAAUUACCCAAGGUCUGUUAUAUUGCUUACAGAGAGAGAGAGUAAUAAAGAACAAACAUCACACACUUGUGUAGCAGUGGAAUGGAAGAGAAGCGGCUUUCAGCAUCCAUGUUCGCCAAGGUUACAGGCUUUUGUUAUUUGUACCAGCAGGUCGUACCCUAUACAGUACUGAACUUACAUCAGGUCAUACCCUUUGUGUUGAGCCUUAUUUCUCUCACGCCAGAUCAUAGCCUCACUUAACACUUACGCAGUUUACCUGUCAUUAUGAGAUGUAUGUAGAGACUGCCAUGGUUACGAAGACACUUGGUGGGACAGGCAUCUAGAAUCUGUGAUCUUUGAUGUAUAAUUUUAUUGUAGCGAGUCAAGGCAUGGCAGGAUUAUUCCAGAUUUUGUUAUAGUGUCAUAAGCUGAUCAAUUUAAGAUGUGCUGUAUCUUUUUUUUUUAACAGAAAAUAAGUUGUUUCCAUUAUCGAGUGGUCACUAUUGACCUCUAUACUAUUUGCAACUCUCAUAACUUAUUCUUAUAGAUUUUGUGUCAGUAGUUUUGUAAAGAUUGAAUUUAAACUGUAGAUAGUACAUUACAAAAAUCAAAAACUUUAAAGUUAAAAUUAAAUCAUUGUUCAAUAAUUAUAUAUAUUCGCCAGUAUAUUGCAUACAGUGUUUGUAUGCGUGUAAUUAUCUAGAUGUGCUUGCAGGGUUAAUCAUAGUUCCCUAGUCCUGCCUUUCCAGCCCUUAUCAGUUAAUGCAAUGACUUUCAGUUUCAUGUUUCUCAUAUUUCCAUUGAAGCUGCUUACUGAGCUCACUUUGACAGUAUCUUCUUUUCAGAAGAUACCAUUCCACUUUUUUACACAGGUGGGGUACAGGAACAGACUUUCUUUGAGCAUUUAAACUAAAAAGUGUUUCCUGAGUCCUUUGACUCAUCCGCAUCUCUAGCCAACACCUGUUUCCCCUCGGUCUCCCAUUUCUCAUUUUAUACCUUAUAUAAAGCCAUUAUACGGUACCUUACAUCUUCGUCCAUUUUGUCAAUAUCCCUUUACUAUCUUAUAUGUUAGCAUAUUUUCUCUGUAUGUUUUCUCUCAUAUUUUCUCUGUAUGUAAUUACCUAAGUGUAGUUACAGGAUGGGAGCUACACUACACUCAUGGUGGGCCCAUCUUCCUUUUACUCUAUCACACGAUGCUUUAGAACUAUUAUACUAAUGGGUUUGGCAUCCACCUUCUCACUAAAUUUGUUCCAACUACAGUAUCUACCAUUGUUUCCAACAGGCAACUUUCUUGUAUUUUUUGGAAUUUUUGUCUCCUUUGCUUGAAUCAAUGAUUUUCUUGUUCUUUAAGUUGCAGGUUUCAAAAUUUCCUUUCACAAUUUUGUCAAUCCUUGUUUUAUAUUUUUCACAUAGUGAUCAUGUCACCUAUUUUCCUUAUAUCUUCUAGUUUUGACAUAUUUAACAUCUGUAACCUCUGCUUGUAGCUCAUGUUUUUCAGUACCAGAAGUUAUUUAGUGCCAUGUCUCUGCACCCUUUCCAGUUUAUUGAUGUUCUUCUUGGAAUAUGGGCACCAUACUAUUGCUGCCUAUUCCUAUUUUGGUCACAAAAGUUGUGAACAGUUUCUUUAGUAUUUCAACGUCCAUGUAUUUAAAAGUACUUCUGAAGUUGGAAAGCUUAGCAUAGGCUCCUCUCGCAAUGUCAUUAUGUGGAUCUCUGGUUACAGUUUACUAUCCAGAACCACCCUUGGAUCUCUUUUUUUGUCAGAAUUCUUUAAUGUCUUUCCACAUAAUUUGUAGGCUAAGGAAACAAAGGUGCCAAAAAAUAUUAGAAAGUUCUCUUUUGCAAACAGUGGUAGACAGUGGAAGUAAGUUAAGUGAAAAGGCAGUGGAUGCCAAAACUGUCAAUAGUUUAAAAGCGUUAUAUGAUAGGGUACCGGGAAGAUGGGACACCACAGGUAAUUACACCUACGCACACGAGGUCAUAGAUUUAAACUAGGUAAACAAAGCUGCCGAAGAAAUUUAAGAAAAUUCACUUUCACAAACAGAGUGAUAGACGGUUGGAACAAGUUAGGUGAGAAGCUGGUGGAGGCCAAAGAGUGCUGGGAAGACGGAACACCACGAGCGUAGCUCUCAUCCUUUAACUACACUUAGAUAAUUACACACCAAAUGGAAUGUUUUAAGUUAUGGAGGCAAACUCUAUAUACACUAUUCAAUGUAGAUAUGACAGAGCUUGAUGGGCUCUGGAACCUAAACUUUAGUCGAUUAAAAGUUGAGAGGCAGGACCCAAGAGCUGUGGCUCAUCCCCUGCAAUUAUACUACACAAGUACACACACACAAACACAACUGCCUAAAACAACAUAUAUUUUCACUUGCAUUAGAUCUUUUUAAUGGGUUUGAAAAGAGGAAAAACAGCUGACCAGAAUUAUUUACAAUAGUUACCUAUUCAGUCUUAGUCAGCUUCUGAAUGAUGGUUAUAUUGGUGAAAGUUUAGGAUUGUUGAAAUAAACAAGCAAUGUUGUGCCUUGAGAUGUGAUUUUGCCAAUGAACCUGAAAGUUAUCCCAAUACUGUACAUGUGGAACGUGGAUGACAAUGACAUAAUGACAUAAUAGAAAGAGGUCAGACAUUGUGAUCAUUCUCAUUACAAAUAUAUAGCACUCUAGAUUGGGGUGUAGAACGUCUCAGUGAUGAUGAUCUUCAUGUUUGUCACUAUAAACCAAAUGCCAUUUCCGACUCGCUGCCCCCAAACUCACGGAUGUUCUAAUCAUUUUCUCUCUAUAAUAAUUUAACUCCUCUAAUUUUAUGAAGUAAAAUAAUGUAAUUAUAUUGUAUCUUGCUAUCAUAAAAUAUCUGUACUACUGUAGGAUACUCAUUAAUGAGUGAAUUGUAUAAAUUAGUUAAUGGCUUUUAAUCUCUUCCAAUUCUUGUGGGUAACAUUCGUGAGUUUGGUAUGUGACGCUAUUGCCAUAAUGUUUGCCUAUCUGUUUUAUAUGCAAUCAUAAUGUAUUGAAUUUGUAUAUUGUUAUUAUCCCUUUAUGUAAGUUUUUCUAUGAGAUAUUUUAUAAUUUAUUUACUUACACAAGAUUUAAUUUCUUGUGUAGAAUAAAAAAAUUAUCAAUA